AUGUUCCUUCGCUUCAUGAACACAAAGGCGGCGUUAACACUGUUUUUAGUUGCCAAUAGCGUCUUUGGGAGUUCUUUUAGUAAUGUCACAACAUCUGCAUCCAUGACUGCAGCCAAUCCUGUACCAGCAACUAUUACAGCCGAUACCACCUUGUAUGGCAACCAAAUAGCAACCAGUACAGUUGAGAUCGCAGAAGGCGCCACAUUAAAAUUAUUAGAUGGUAACUCGUAUGAAUUUAGUUCUGGGCUCAUUGUUAGAGGUAGUCUGGAAAUCGGAAAUGAUACUUCCAACGUGGAAGAUCUAUACGUCACUGUUUCUGGUAGCACAUUGGAUGUUAGUGGCACCAUUGAUAUCAAGAACACAAACGAGGACAGUCCAAGCACAGUGGAGUUCAAAGCUAACAACUUUGUAAAUACUGGUAGUAUAAGUUUGAACUUUCCACACGAAAGUCUCGGUAGGGCAACCUUUGGCCCGUUCACAAACAGGGGAACCUUCAAUAUAAGUGGAACUAACCUGUACAGUAAUAAUACGCAGAAAUUGACACGUAGAGCCAAUACUGGUUCUCAGCUAGACGGUGAUAUUUAUCUAUGGGGAAACUCUGUCUACCAUAUAGCAGAUAAUUUUUCGGGCUCUGGAACUAUCCAUGGACGGUCUUACAGUAUAUUAGUUUUGAAUGAAGCCGAAAGCUUUGAAGGACCCAAGAUAUCAUUAGAAGGUGGUGCUCUCCAGAUCCGAUAUGCCGAGGGAGCGGGUUCUGGUGAACCAAUAAAGUUGGAAGGCUACACAGGAGCAAAUCAUCUAACCAUUGCGAAUGAUGCACCUAGGUUGCACUACGAUCAAUCUACUGGUAUAUUGACCUGUAGCCUAAAUGGUGCGGAGACCAGAUUUGUGAUUGGUACACAAUUUGAUCCAGCAGGAUUUUAUGUUGCUAGCGGUUAUAUCAUCUCUUACAACUACUUUGAUGACGCCAAUUUUAUUGACUACAGAACACCAGUAAGCCACAGUACGAGUACCUUAAGAUCAGUGAUCUCCAGCUCCACGCUGACUUCGUCUAGUGUAAGUAGUACUCCUAGUUCAGGUACUACAAGUAGGAGCUACAGCAUCGAUAUCGGCUCAGAUGUUUCAUCUUCGAGCCUUGCUAGUAGCACUUCUAACCAAAUAACUAGUAACAGCUUUAUUAGCUUUUCCGGAAGCCAAUAUAUUACCAGUACAGCUGGCUCAAAUAUCUCACUCACCACAAACAUUGUCACUGGAAGUAGCACGAGUAUUAUCUCCAAUAUACCUUCGAAGAGCACGAGUAUUAUCUCCAAUAUCACUUCGAAGAGCACGAGUAUUAUCUCCAAUAUCACUUCGAGGAGCACGAGUAUUAUCUCCAAUAUCCCUUCGAGGAGCACGAGUAUUAUCUCCAAUAUACCUUCGAGCAGCACGAGUAAAAUUGACUUAUCAAUUUCAAGUACAAUAUCUUCUGCAGCAUUGAGGACUUCAAAACCGUUUUACAACACAAGUAAUCUUGUUGACAAGGCAAGUCAUUCUAGUCACUCUAGUGAAAUCAGUCAAAGUGAGAUACAAAGAGCGACGAUUCUAACUUUGAAUAGCACAGACGCUACCGCUACGUCAUGUGUACCAGGAUUUAAUUGUGUUACAAUUAAGAGCAAUACGGUAUCUGCUAGCUAUUCUCAAUUUAAUGUCAGCACCGUAGAUGCAACAAAACCUAGUGGAAAGUUAUCCUCGACCACCAGUUUCAAGGAGAGCCUCUCCAGUUUUACUGAGACUAAACCAUCUUCUGCUUCUGUAGGCGGGAUAACAUCCUGUGAUAAUAAUGGGUGUUAUGUUCUUUCUAUUGUAUCACCAAUAACAACUACCGCCACAUUUUGCGAGGAAAAGACUUGUCAUACAACUAUUGCCACAUAUGCUCCAUCCACAGUUACAUCUACAGUCACUUUGUGCGAUGAAAGCGGGUGCCAUCCAGUAACUACUGUCAUUACCGUAACAACUGAAUCUGAGACUUCUACCAGCAUAGUAACCAGUAAAUCUAACAUAGUUACCAGCGCACCAACUACGGUUUCAGACGACGCCACAAUUACUAUCAAGCCUAGAACAUCUGAAGCUACCACGUGUGCAAAUGGCGCAUGCAGGGAACCAGACCGUUCGAUGAUCUCUUCAUACUCUUCCAGCCAAUCUCCUAUGAUUCAAUCGGAAGCUGGUGCAGCACUGGUUGAGUGUAUGAAAUGGAGGGCGAUAUUUGGAUUUAUGGGUAUAAUAUGGCUAAACUGA